AUGGUAAGUUGUGCCACCUUAUGCAUCGACAAGGCACACACUACGACAGCAUCCAACGACGACGACCACCGACAUGCACGCAUCAGCACCCAGUCUGACCUUCCAGCGCCACAGACCGACAGCAUUUUCAUUCAAGGUCCCGCAGCAUGCCAACCGUUGCCACAUCAGUCAGAACAGCACCCAUCAGAUAAUGCACAAGCAGCCCGCCGUAGCGGUAUUGAUAUCGCCAAGAAGCACGUCAAGAACGGUCAGCGUACUGCUCCUAAGAGCCAGGACCCUUAUCUCCUGCUCUUGGUCAAGCUCUACCGCUUCCUCGCCCGCCGAACCGACUCUCGAUUCAACAAGGCCAUCCUCCGACGCCUUUACAUGUCCAAGAUCAACCAGCCCCCUGUCUCGGUCUCCCGUGUCAUCUACUUGACCAAGUCUCAGGGUGGUGUUGCCGCUUCUGCUUCCGAGACUCCGAAGACCGUUGUUGUUGUUGGAACCAUCACCGAUGACAACCGAGUUCUCGAGCUUCCCAAGCUUUCCGUUGCUGCUCUUCGUUUCACCAACACUGCCCGUGCCCGUAUCGAGGCUGCUGGCGGUGAGUGCCUCACCUUGGACCAGCUCGCUACCCGUGCUCCUACCGGUAGCAACACGGUCUUGAUCCGUGGUCAGAAGACCGCACGUGAGGCUGUCAAGCACUUCGGUUUCGGCCCUCACAAAAACAAGAAGCCUUACAUCCGAUCCAAGGGUCGCAAGUUCGAAAAGGCUCGUGGUCGUCGUGCCUCGCGCGGUUUCAAGGUGUAA